GAAGCCAUGUUGAGGUGAAAGUGCUUUAUUUCCCCCCCGAUUAAUACCCAAUUUUGACGCUGUGAGGAGAAUUCACCCGUGUUCGAGGGCGUAGAGGGGAAUAACACGAAUCGGAUUUACAAAGUGGAUUGGAACAGAUCAUGUUAAAUAUGUGGCGCGUUCGAGAAUUAACGGAAAAAGUCACCAACAUGGUGAUGAACUACACAGAGGUUGAGGCCAAGGUGCGAGAGGCAACCAACGAUGAGGCUUGGGGCCCCACAGGCCCACAGAUGCAGGAACUGGCACAGUCAACAUUCUACUACGAACAGUUCCCAGAGGUGAUGGGGAUGCUGUGGAAGCGCAUGUUGCAGGACAACCGUGCUGCCUGGCGCCGCACCUACAAGUCGCUCUUGCUGCUCAACUACCUCGUGCGCAAUGGCUCUGAACGUGUUGUCACUUCUGCCAGGGAGCACAUCUAUGACCUCAGGACACUUGAGAACUACAAAUUUAUAGAUGAGCUUGGAAAGGAUCAGGGCAUGAACAUCAGAGUAAAAGCCAAGGACUUGAUUGACUUCAUCCAGGAUGACAACAGGUUACGAGAGGAGCGUAAGAAAGCUAAGAAAAACAAAGACAAGUAUGUGGGUGUGUCUUCAGAGUCCAUGGGAUUCCGCAGCUCAUCACAAGGUGACUGGGAUGGCUGGGGGAGCAGUAGAAGAAAAGAAGAGGAUGAUUUUGGAUCCCGCUUUGAGGAUUCUCCAAAUGCAAG